UUUGUCACGUUAUCUGUUUCUGUCGAGAAUUGGGAGCCUCUCACUCCCACACACACACUGAAACGAGCAGAGGCAAGAGCCAUUUCUUUUACCCUUUCAAAUGGCUUCCAACGUCCUCAAACUUCAAACACCGACAACUAAAAUUACAAAAGCCACCACUCCAUUGAACCCUUCAACAAGAACUCUCUUCCCAUCUCAACCAACUCCUUUCCGGCAUCAUCACUAUGAACAUCAUCACCUCCACCUCUCCUUAUUGCCCCACAAACAGUUAUUCCAUGGGCCUUUAUUUCUGCAAUCUUCACUCUCAUCUUACACUCCACCCACCACUAAAGAAGAAGCCAUUCUCCAAGCCAAGACAUGCCUCUCAACCACCUUAGAGAAGCCCCUCAACAACCCAAGACUCGCGGCAGGCAAGCUCAGGAAACAGAAUCAGCCCAGGUUCCGAGUCGAGAUCCCAGUCGUCGACGACUCGGCGGAGUCACUAUCCCAACUCGCUCUCGAGGUGCUCGGAGACCUACCCAUUAGAAGAAAAGGCUCCCCGCUUAAGAUCCUAAUUUUAUGGCCCGAUCCCACCUCUACAAGAUUAGCUAACAAAGUUUUCGAGUCUCUUUCAUCGAAAUCAAACCAAGUUGAACAUAUUGACAUUUCUUCGCUCACUGAUUAUGAUACCAGAGUCUUGAAUUCCGCCGAUGUAGCAGUGUUUUUGGCGCCAGAGGCUUCAAAAUUGAAUGUUAUGAAAGCGGUUAGUGACAGUUUAUAUCCGAAACCGGUGGUGGUUUUCAAUCCCAAGUGGGCAUUCGAGGAAGAGAGCGGAUUUGGGGAAUUGAGUAGCUUUGUUAGGUCGUUUGAAGUGGUUUAUUCUUUCAUGGGUUUGGAGGUCAGAGGAGUUCUGAGCAAGAAGAAAGGAGUAGUUUUCAGGAGUGUAAAAAAUGGGGUUUUGUCUGGUGAGAGAUGGGAGGUUUCGGUUGAAGAAGAAGGAGAAUUGAAGGUGAUUUCGAGGUUCAACAAACGACCGUCGAUUGGUGAGGUUGAGAACGUCCUGUAUAACCUGAUGGCCGCCAAUUCGCCUAUUACCAAGUCAGCUAAGUUUCUGAGAGAUUUGGUGUCAAAUGCGAGGGGAAAGAAGUAAG